UCUAUCUCUGUCUGUCUGCAUUUAAAACGUAUGACUGAUUGAUUAAUUGAUUGAUUGAUUGGCUGAUUAACGUGAGAGGAGGAGCAGGCUCCAGUGUAAAAUACAUGAUGUACCAUGUAGCUGUAUACACCAGCUCUGCUCAGGCACCCAGUGGGAGCGAUGGGGUUAAUGUAAAAUCCUUCCGCUACUUCCUUAUCGCUGUCAUGCUGCUGCUUCUCUCUCUUCUGAGAAAUGCCUGAAUAAUUUGAUGCGGUUGGUGAAAAACGAGCACUGCUGUUUGAGAUAAAAUGGGUGAAACAAGACGACGAGCUUUAAAAAUAGUUAUUCAGAUAACUUGCCAACUUCUAUGGGUGGCAGGUCUGGUGGUAGGUCUGAGUGGUAUGUACCUGUUGUUGAACUACAGACACAAUGGCAUCUUCUUCACCCACACAUACAUCAUCCUCCCAGCAUGCCUAGCUCUGGCCAGCGCUACUCUCCUAUUGGCCAGUGGAGGACUGGGCAUCUGGGUGUCCCUCAGAAAGUCAGCCUUGCUGCAGGGCGUGCUCAUGCUUCCUCUACAGUUUGGGAUACAGCUUAUAUGUUGCCAUGGUUUUGGGCAUUUCAGUUUGUCUAUCUGCUGGUUGUGGUUUUCUGCCUGGAGGCAACUGCUGCUGCUCUGGCCUAUGUCAACACAGGAAAGGUGGACUCAGAGCUGGCUCCCUUCAGUAGUGUUUUUCAAAGAUACACAGGAAGAUGUCAGGACCCAUACUCCGAUGCUGUGGACGCCACACAGAAAGAGUUGCAGUGCUGUGGAAUCUAUGACUACCGUGACUGGUUGGCCACGCCCUGGUUUAACCACAGUGGGCGGGGCAGUGUACCUCACAGCUGCUGUAAUUACACCUACCACACCUGCAACGGUACCCUGGAGCUGCCCGGGCUACUAUAUCCAAAGGGCUGCCAGGUGAAGCUGGAGGAGGCCUUGCUUUUUGUUCUGCAUCUCAUCAUCUGGUCAUCUCUGGCAGUGGUGCUAGUGGAGACUGUAGGGUUUGUGAGUGUGGCUCAGCUGAUGAGGGACCAGCCUCUGUUGGAGUAUGGAAUACUGGACAGGGAGUAUGGAAUACUGGACAGGGAGUAUGGAAUACUGGACAGGGAGUGGGCCUGAACCAGAGUCUCAGUCCAGAAUACUUUCUGCCAAUCUACUUUAGAUAUACUAUGUCCUGAACCUUGGUAAAUGUAAUGAUGCUGUGGACCUUAAAGCCCCAGUGCAGUCAAAAAUUAGAUUUUUUUUUGUGUUUUUUUUUUUUUUUUCCUCCAGUGUUUUAUAUCAUAUUUCCACACUGAGGUUGGAAGAAUACUAUGAAAUUGUGAAAAUGCUGAUAAUGCCCUUUUAGUGUAAGUGCUGUUUGAAGACUGCUCUCUAGUGGUUUUGUGUGUGUGUGUGUGUGUGUGUGUGUGUGUGGGGUUCUAGUUGUCUGGGCAGCUCCAGGGCCCCUACGGUACUAUUACAGGUAAUUGACGUAAUCAUCCCCGAUCUUGUUGGUGAAGCUACUUUAAAAGAGUGAUUUAUCUUGCUUUCACUAAACUAAUGUAUGCACAUCUGUGAAGGAAGAUGUACUCUAAAAGUGUCCUACACUUCUGCAUACACUUCCUUCGUUUCAUAAGGAUCAACUGGAAUAUGUAAUGGCCACAAUGUUUUGUUUUUGUUCACUGAUGUAUAUGCAUGCUUGUUAAAGAAGCCACUCCAUCAAAAACAAUUGUCAACAUGUCACAUGUCCUGCAGAUGACAUGUUUACACUGCCCUGCAUGUCUUGAGUAAUUAACUUGUUGAAACUGUUGUGUGGCUAUUGUUUGAUUGUAACUUACUUGUAUGUAGCUGGGUGAUUCUGCAAUUUAGGGCAUUUUGGCCCUGCAAGCUUUCAGAAAUGAUAUGUUAUUGAAACACCAUUUUACCAGUAUAAUUCUUUGAUUUGUCUAGAAAAUAUCUGAUAAUGGCUGCUAUCGUCCUAUUCGGGAAUGUACAUAUUUUUCUCAGACAGCCAUAGACACAUUUUAUUUCCAUCACGUCAUUAAACAUCAAUUUUUGUUAAAAAUGAAGUAAAUAAUUUAACACAUUUCUUAUACAUUUGUGUACUGAGUAUUUUAAGAGAUUUACGGUUUUCCUAAUAUGAAUAAUUCAACAUGACGCCUGAAUUUAUAGACUUUCCUUUGUGACAGCUGGAAAAAGAUAAUAAAAAUAAGAAUUCUGC